GGUGGCCAACCGCGAAUAAACCCCGUAGAAGAAGAAUAGAGAAGAAUCAGAUGCGUCCUCCAGAAAUCAACGAGGAAGUCGUUUUCAGGCGCGAAUUUUGUAUCCUUUGGAUAAGCGUUACUGCAUUUUCUGUAUUUUCUUGGAACUUAACGCUACGGAAAUGGCUGAUCUCACCUUUCCCGUGUAUUCGGCGGAUGCCAUAGUUAACUUCUUUCGAGUUGAAGUGUUGACCGGACAGGAGGCCAAACAAUUCAGUAAGAGCGAUCUUAUCCCUGUUCCCAAGCCCGAGUCCAUUCAGACGCUCUACAUGAGAGUUUUACACAUGCUGUACCGCUUCAGACCCGAGUUGCACUGCAUGCUCUUCUCGUUUACGCUCCCUCAUUUUUUGUUUAAGAUUUUGACACAAACAUUCCAGGUGGGCGGGACUUUCAGUGGUGCGUCCCCAUUGGCUACUCAUUUUUUGAUUGACAGCCCACUACACCACAGAUCAUACAGUGCAACUCAUGCAGCAAACUCCGGAGUCCACUCGGCCACGUUAGUGUUUGUGCCUGCUGGGGAGUUUCAUGAACAUAUCGGACUUCUCUUAUGGAUUGCUGUGCAUUAUACUUGUGAUGUGUAGUUUAUACUUUAUUCCAACUUUAAAUAUGUUAAUACCUGAACACACUGCUGCUGUUAAAUAAUUUCCCAAUUUGCGAUUGAUAAAGUGUCUGUCUGUUUAUUUUAAAGAUUAAAAAAACACAUCUUUGUAUUUUCAAGCUAAAGGUGAUACACAAUAUAAACUGUAUA